CUCCAUCGAUUAUUGAUCGAGAUGAAGUGGCACAGAGCAUCGAACCUGAUAGGCCAGCUCCCAAUCCUCGCAUGAAAAGUAAAACCCGUUGUCGAACCGGGUGCCUUGUCUGCAGAGCCAGGAAAGUCGAAUGCGACGAGAAGCGCCCUUCUUGCCAAAGAUGUAUCAAGCAAGGCAGACCAUGUGUGUAUAGAAUACCGGAUCCACGGGGAUGGCCUCCAAUUUUCGAUGAUCCAAGCGCGAACUAUGUUAGUAGCUCGGAAGAUCAAAUGAGUAUCACAGCCGGUGCAUCCCCUGUACUUUGGCAGGCUGGGAACCUCGCCGACAAGCUGCUCUCACCAAUCCAGAACUUGCAGCAUCCACCUAUUUAUAGGGAUGCCAGUGAUAUAUCUCACGUGGAACCACAGAACCAGGCCCCAAACCUGUGCCUCUCGAAUAAUGCUCAUCCUGAAGGGGUUCUUCCAGCGGUCGUUCCAACUGACGAGGCACCAAUAUACCCUGGGCCUGAUGGCCAAGAUCAAGGGAACGAUCCGAACUUUGGAGCUUCUUCUCUUGAACGUUUCCAGCGGACGUCGCAAGUCAUAUCACUGACAUUGAGCUUGGACAAGUUUGUCACCUAUGAGGUGCCAACUGAGGCCUCGUUCUCCUACUUCACAGACGAGCUAGAUUGCCCGUUUUUGUCCCCUUUUGACAGCCUUAGUUGGAAAAGAAUAAAACAGAGCAUAGCACAGCUUGGUACACAAGAGGUAUCGGUGGACAGGCUGCCAACUGAAUUCGCAAUGUCUUUAUAUCAAGCAGCCAUCAGCAGUUUCCAGUUUCUAUUGGACAAUGGCAAUAUCGACUUUGAUAUCAUACUCAUCGACGCUUUCUUGCUUCUUUUGUCCCAACUCAUUCUCCCAAAUCGAGAUAACCCUACUUUUACGUGGAUGGACCCCGUGCUUGUAAACCGACUGGAUGUGUGGUUGAAAACUGGACAAAAAUCCCCCAUUUCGUUGCGGAUAUGUACUUGGCUGCAGAUCCUCGACACUGCUGCGAAAAGGGGAGGGAGCCCAAGCUUACUGCCAGACUCUGUUUUCAAUCACUUGACUGAAAGCAUACCCGAGGUGCCAAGCCUCUCUUCUCUGGAUACCAGCCUAGAUCCGAGAGAUACUCUUUACGAUACCAUAAGCACGCCACUUUAUGUAUUUUAUCUCAAGGUCCAAAGGGUGUCGAACAGAGUUGCAGAUGUGAGCCACUAUCGUCGAUCACGAACCACGCCAGGAGACCAGGCUGAGGUGAAUGAUAUCUUGACUGGCCUGAAGGAUAUCAUGUACACCUUGUGGGAUAACCGGCCUGGGCCAUUACGCCUCCAGCCGAGAGAACUACGAGAACAUUUCAAUUUUGCUAUUGCAGAACCCACCAUCGCACUCGCUGGGGUCUGCCUGGCAGCGUACUUCGCCGAGCUCAUCGUCUUCGGUCGAACUCUUGGAGAUCCGAUAUUUCCAUCAAUCGAGUCGAGACACGCCAUGGCGCAGAUCAGAGGAUACGUCGAUGGCGACUGGGCCGGCUCCAGCGGAGGGGCUUUAAACCCAGGGUACCUCCGAGCUUUGUUCUUGUACGGCGUCGAGUGUUUUGAGAAGGAUGAGUCGCGGUGGGCUGUGGAGCGUCUGAGGCAGAUUGGGAACCCUUUGAGCAGAGGAAACUUUUUCGCAUCUUUCAUUGAGUUGCACGGGGAGGCCCAGAGAGCCCAGCGGCGGAGAGUGACGAUGAAGUAUUUCUGCCGUCAGAAUUUUGGUGUCCCGCUUCCGUUUAUG